AUACAAAAGUUGACAGCUGUGGGGCUACACAGCGCAGACUGUUUCUGUCAGACGAAAAUAACAUAUUUUUUUUAUUUAUUAUUUUGUUGUCUCUGUGCUGUUGUGUGUAUAAAAAUUUUUUGACUCAUCAAACAAGUGCAUUCAUAGUGCAAUUAUUUUUAGUUGUUUUUUUCGUGAUAAUUCGUGAAGUUCAAAAAGCCAUAGGUUGUUGUCUGUGCGAUAAACAAUAUCUUCUUUUUAGACUAAAAUGACGAACUCCAGCCGGAAUAGAUUGGAUCAAUCUUUCUUCGAGCCAGAUGAUGCUGAGAUAACAACCAAACUACCACGAGAGAUUUUACUGCGAAUAUUCUCGUACUUGGACGUAGUGUCUUUGUGUCGUUGUGCUCAGGUAAGCAAAUACUGGAAUAUUUUGGCAUUGGAUGGUUCAAAUUGGCAAAAAAUAGAUUUAUUUGAUUUCCAACGAGACGUUGAGGGACCAGUUAUAGAGAAUAUCUCACAAAGAUGUGGUGGAUUUUUGAAAUAUUUGUCAUUAAGGGGAUGUCAAUCAGUCGUGGAUCAAUCAAUACGAACGCUAGCGUUACAUUGCCAUAAUAUCGAACGACUGGAUCUGAGCGAUUGUAAAAAGAUUACGGAUCACUCCACAUCGGCCGUUAGUAAACAUUGUCACAAACUCAUAUCCAUAAAUUUAGACAGCUGUGUGAACAUAACCGAUUUGAGUUUGAAGUCAUUAUCAGACGGUUGUCCGAACUUAACGGAAAUCAAUAUAUCAUGGUGUCAUCAAAUAACCGAAAAUGGGGUCGAGGCGUUGUCUCGAGGGUGCAAUAAAAUUAAACGAUUUAGCGGUAAAGGAUGUAAGCAAAUAAAUGACCGAGCUGUCAAAUGUUUAGCCACUUACUGUUCGGGAAUCGAAGUACUGAAUCUGCAUAGUUGUGAUACCAUAACCGAUCAAUCAAUCAUCAAAAUUGCCGAAAAAUGUUACAACCUGAAGCAAUUGUGCGUGUCGAAGUGUCCUGAUUUGACUGACAAUACUUUACUCUCAUUGGCACAACAUAAUCGCUCGUGUCUGAAUACACUUGAAGUGGCUGGAUGCAAUCAGUUUACGGAUUUAGGGUUUCAAGCCUUAGGACGGAAUUGCAAAUUUUUGGAACGAAUGGAUCUGGAGGAAUGCAAUCAAAUAACUGAUUCGACACUUGCACACUUAGCUAUGGGUUGUCCGAGUCUAGAAAAACUGACAUUAUCACAUUGCGAAUUGAUCACCGAUGAAGGAAUUCGUCAGCUAGCAGCCGGUAGCUGUGCCGCCGAAAGCCUCUCUGUCUUAGAACUUGAUAAUUGUCCAUUGAUAACGGAUUUAACAUUGGAGCAUCUAGUGUCUUGUCACAAUUUGCAACGCAUCGAACUAUAUGAUUGCCAAAUGAUCACCAGAGCGGCCAUACGACGUUUGAGGAAUCAUCUACCAAACAUAAAGGUACAUGCGUACUUUGCGCCCGUUACUCCACCGCCAAUAACUGGAGGUCAACGACCGCGAUACUGUCGAUGCUGUGAAAUACUAUGAGAUCAGGCGGUCGGCUUGGCUAGAAAAGUUCUAUGCAGAAGUCGAGAUCAUGAGGAAUGAUUGUCAUUGACCAAAACAUUGAAUAUUCGUUUACGUUUUUAUCAUUUCAUUGUCAUCGUCCGUACCAAGUAAAGGAAAAAGAGAAUUGAAAUACUUGAGACAUGUCUGAGCACAGUGCUAUCAAAUUAUUAUUCAUACAAAGCAUUCUUAGAAUUUGUGCAAAAAAAAAACAAGAAGCAAAAUCUGCAGAAAAAUUUGAAAAAAUUUGUUUGUUUUUUACAAAAACCACGUCAAGUGUUCAUAAAAUAUCGUGAAAUAUUGCGAGUAUUUUUGGUGAGUUUCGAAUUAAUGCAAAAAAAAAAUGUUUUUCGAUGUCGGGAUGAAUUUCUUCUAAAUUUUGUGUGGGAAACGUAAUUGAACAAUGAAUGAUGCAAAGA